AUGCAGCUGUGUACGCAGCCGCGACUCUGCAGCUGUGUACGCAGCCACGACUCUGCAGCUGUGUACGCAGCCGCGACCCUGCAGCUGUGUACGCAGCCGCGACUCUGCAGCUGUGUACGCAGCCACGACUCUGCAGCUGUGUACGCAGCCGCGACUCUGCAGCUGUGUACGCAGCCACGACUCUGCAGCUGUGUACGCAGCCGCGACCCUGCAGCUGUGUACGCAGCCGCGACUCUGCAGCUGUGUACGCAGCCGCGACUCUGCAGCUGUGUAUGCAGCCGCGACUCUGCAGCUGUGUAUGCAGCCGCGACUCUGCAGCUGUGGGAAAGAACGAGGGACCAGGGAAAGAACGAGGGACCAGGGGAAAGAACGAGGGACCAGGAAAGGAACGAGGGACCAGGGAAAGAACGAGGGACCAGGGGAAAGAACCAGGGACCAGGGAAAGAACGAGGGACCAGGGAAAGAACGAGGGACCAGGGGAAAGAACGAGGGACCAUGGGUAAGAACGAGGGACCAGGGGAAAGAACGAGGGACCAGGGAAAGAACGAGGGACCAUGGGUAAGAACGAGGGACCAGGGGAAAGAACGAGGGACCAGGAAAAGAACGAGGGACCAGGGGAAAGAACCAGGGACCAGGGAAAGAACGAGGGACCAGGGAAAGAACGAGGGACCAGGGGAAAGAACGAGGGACCAGGGGAAAGAACGAGGGACCAUGGGUAAGAACGAGGGACCAGGGGAAAGAACGAGGGACCAGGGAAAGAACGAGGGACUAGGGAAAGAAACGAGGGACCAGGGGAAAGAACGAGGGACCAGGGGAAAGAACGAGGGACCAGGGGAAAGAACGAGGGACCAGGGGAAAGAACGAGGGACCAGGGAAAGAACGAGGGACCAGGGGAAAGAACGAGGGACCAGGGAUAAGAACGAGGGACCAGGGGUAAGAACGAGGGACCAGGGGUAA